CAUGGUAUUUUUAGUGACAUAACUUUUUGAUGGUUUUAUUGAUUUUUCUCAAUGUUUCCAAAUUUAUCAGUAAUUCUUUAUAAAGUUGGACACAAUUAAUUUCAGUGAUUCUCUUUUUCCAUUUUGAAGAGUAUAAUUUUUCCUUUGAGUGUUGAGCCUUAAGUGUUAAGUUUGAUCCAAAUUGCAUAGGUUUAAUCAACGCAGGGUGAUCCUCCAUUGAAGUAUUUCUUUAUUUAAAUGGGUAUCCAGAUGUUUGGUGUUUAACUGUUCAAUCAUAUCUACUUGUGUUUUAAUUAUCAAUCAUCAGGUGGUGACAUUUUGAGAUUUUUUUGUAAAUGCAUAUUUUUUCACCUUUUAUGACGCCUUUUAGCAUUAAUUUAAUAAUUUUAAGACUUUCAGUUAGCGCAGCAAUGCUGAAAUCUAUUUAAUUGAAAAAUCACCAUCUACAAAUAAAACAACUGCACUUUUUCACCGAAAUCUGGAUCACAGAAUCGAGAGAUUUGCUGAUAGACUCGAAACUGAGUUGUUUCUAAUCCAAUAGAUGGCGCUUUUGUGCUACCAGCGCCACCUGACAGAUAACCGGAAGAACUAAAAUCAGCCUUUAAUUUGAGCCUUUACUCUUUGCGUCUGUGCAAUGUUAGACAAAAAAGUUCCAACUCUUUUCUGACUGUAGAUUCAUCAAGUGGAUGAUGGCGAAAACAUUGAACUCAGUUUCUCCUAACUUUCCCCUGUACUAUUUUAUUUACCAUUCUUAAUCUCAUCGUUACCUAUAAAUUGUUUCAAAAUGGAUACAGAUUUAGGAUUGAUAAGUGAUAUCUUCAUCAAUGAUUCCAGUAUGGAUAACGAGAUUUUCAGUCAUUCAAAUUCACAAUUUAACGAUUGGAAUGAUUCAGAUAAUCGCAGUUAUAAUGUAAUCAUUCUUAACGAUCGCCUCAUGUCCGAAACCGUCCAAUCAGAACAUUCAUAUUUCAAUAGUGCGUCAACUUUAAACCAUAACUUAGAUGAUGAUGAUCUUUCAAAUGAUGCUGAUCUCACUGAAUCUCAUGGAUCAUCUUUUAAAGACAUGGAUAUUGAAGCUGAAUGUUUCCCCUGCAUACCAAUGUCAAGUGCAAUUCAAAUGAAUGGACUUCCAAUUGGGCAUAGUUUGGUUGUUUCCGGCGGUAACCGGCGGCCUUCAGUAACUUCCUCCAGUUCAACUGGUUCAAGUAAUAGUUCUAGCAACAGUGGUACUCUUGGUACUCUUACGGGCAAUUCAACCGGUCUACUUGGACCCGAAAUUAAUAACAAUGGUACGACCAUUAAUAAUGAAAACACCAAUGGACUCAGUGGCAACUCCAGUGGAACCCGGAGUUUAACAUUAGCAGCUCUUUUAAAUAGAUUACCGCCAACUCCACCUGGAUCAAAUUCUGGGUCUGACUGUGAAAUGUCAACACCUAGUAAUAGCAAUAGUAGUAAUAGUUUAUUUCAAAAUAGCACAUUAGCCCAAUCAACUAUUCCUAGUAGUUUAACAUCAUCGCUGUAUGGUGUUACUGGUAAUGAUCAUAUUAGCAAUUUGAAUCUAAACACAGUAACUAGGACGACAACGGGUAGCAAUUCGCACCAUCUUUCGCCAACGUCAACCUCAACUCGCCCCAAUGGACGUAAAUCACGUAACAACAAUAGCAUACUUUCAACUCAUUCACCAUUAUCUUCAUCGUCUUCCUCUUCAUCUUCAUCACCUUCAUCGGUUACCUCAACAACUAAUAAUAAUUUAACCUCUACCACCAACAACAAUAAUACCACCUCAACCACCUCACCAUCAUCUUUAUCUUCAUCCUCCUCAUCACCACCGCAAACACCAGCAACAACGACAAUAGCAACAUCGCCAAGCUCCUCUUCAAUAUCACCAGCCUCUUCGAUCUCAUCAUCAACCUCAUCUUCCUCAUCUUCCAAUUCAUCAACGUCUUCUCUCUCCCUUUCCUCGUCCUCUUCUUCCUCAUCCUCCUCAUCAGCCCCCUCACCUCUGGGUGCCUUAUCGUUACCCCUUUCAUCAGCCUCCUCAACAAACUCAAGCCCAUCUAAACGUGAUAAUGGUGGCUCAUCGAAAACCGUUCGUAACCUUAGCACAGCAGCCGCCGUCUCAUCUUUAAUAUCUGUCCAGCCCAAGAACGCUGCAAGUGGAACAGCCGUUAUUUUAACUGAAGAAGAAAAAAGAACCUUAAUUGCUGAAGGUUAUCCAAUUCCAACACGAUUUCCAUUAACCAAAGCUGAAGAGCGAAGUCUUAAGAAAAUUAGGAGAAAAAUAAAGAAUAAGAUUUCAGCCCAAGAAUCGAGGCGCAAGAAAAAGGAAUACAUGGAGGAACUUGAAAGACGAGUUCAACAGUUGGACCAACGGGCCAAAGAAUCAGAGAGACGGGCUCAACAAUUAGACCAACGGAAUAAAGAAUUGGAAAAUGAAAAUAAAACGUUAAUGCAGCAUUUUAGCCUUUGCAAGGCAACCCAUACUCAUGUCAAUCAGCAGCAAUUAACAAGCACAACGGAAUCCUUGUUAAUGUCUCUUGAUUUACCAAUGAUGAAAAAAAUCAAAAUUGAACCAGAAGAGGAGGAUGCUGGGUCAACUAUUUAAGAAUCAAAAACAUAAAGAUAUUUUAACUUAUACGCCUUCAACUACCCAUUUUUGGUACAACACAUUCAACAUGAAUGCAUGCGAUGUGAUGCACAAUGUUCAACACGGAUUUUUUUAUUAUUAUUAAUUUUAUUAUUAUAAUUAUUAUUAUAGCUAAUUGUAAUUCUCUGAUUGUUGGACAAUCUCUGUUUUUUUCCUGGGCAAACGAAAAUUAUUAUAUUAUUCUUAUUAUCUUGACUUCUCUAAGAAUUGAAAUGUAUCAUCCAGCAUAAUUAUGGGUUCUCUCUUCUUCUUCUUUCUCUGUCUCUUUUUUUCCUUCUCUUUCUCUUCUUGUUUUUUUUCCUUCUUCCUCUUCUUUUUUUUCAAAUCUGGUCAAUUGCUUUGGAUGAACGAGAAUAUCUGAUCAAUUAUUAUCAUAAUAAAUUUAUGGGUGAAAACUGAA